CAAAAAAUUGAGAGAUGGCCAAAAAAGUUAAGUGCUUUGAAAAUCUUGAAUGCACUAUAACUGUUUUGAUUGAAGACUAUUUUUGGUUUGCCUUUGGGUGAUCCCAGAUUGGUAAACAACGGAAAGGCCAUUCUCCAAGCUAUUGAUGACUCCUUGAGGCGCCUGGAUUUGGAUUAUAUUGACCUGUUUUACAUUAAUAACUUUGAUGAGGAAACACCUAUGGAAGAAACCAUGGAAGCUUUACAUGGUAUGGUAAAAUCUGGCAAGGUGUGUUACUUGGGCACAAGCUAUAUGAACACAUGGCGCUUUGUAGAGAUGAAUGUCAUAGCUGAAAAGAACGAAUGGAUCAAAUUUAUAGCCAUGCAAGACUUGUACAAUUUAGUCUAUCGUGAAGAAGAGCGCGAAAUGAUACCCUAUCUUGCUUAUGAAGGCAUCGGUAAGGUCCCAUAUUCUCCAUUGGAAAAAGGCAAAUUAGCCUGUCCUUUAGACGAAGAUGCUCUCCGUUUGACAGUUGACUACAGUAAACCUUGGUCUAGGUCAUUGAGCGAUGCUGACAAGGAAAUUACUCAAAGAGCUCAAAAGAUUGUUGAACAGCAAGAUGCACCCAAGGCUCAGAUAACUUAAACCAUAUUAUAAACUAUAUCACUCAUCUUUCUUUUCCUUUUAAGAUGAGCACUGCCUGCUUACUUAGCAAACCUACUGUAAUAUCUCCUAUCGCUGAUAUUGGUAAGAAAUCGCAUUUGAAGGAUGCUGUCGUUGCUGUUUCGCUCAAAUUAUCUGAAGAAGAGAUUAGACACUUGAAGGAGCCUUAUGUUCUUAACCUACGAUUUGCAAGUAACUUAAGGGCUCACUCUAGGAAAUGAACAGCAACG